CCAUAGACAACCAUUUCGCAUAUUUGACUUUGCAUGACUUUACAGAGUUCAUAUUAUUAAUUAUUCUGAAUCAGUAAAUGAUUUGAGUUCUUAUAUUUGUAACACAAAAUCAAAUGUUAAAUCCCGUUUCCACGAUCGUCCUAUCAACUGUCAGGCCAGCUCUACGUCUCGUCAUUACUUGGACGUGAAUGAAGACUUAGAGAAAUGAUCAACUCAUUUAAAUUUAGUGUAUAUGCAAAAAUUAGAACACCGUUUUAAAAAAUGGUGCGAAAAACGCACGACAAAUCAGUAAAUAAAUAUAUUCAAAAAAUUCAUUGUUUCUCUUUGCAACUUAAAAUAAAUCAGAUUCUCUGUUAUAGAGCAAUCACACAGCUUUUGCCUUCUUUUCUGUUUUGUUGUUUUAAAGUAUGGGAUUUAGUUAUACAUUUUAGAAGCAUAUUUUUUCCCAAGCGAUACCAUAAAAUUAUCCCCAUAAUAUUAAUAAUAAAUACGUUAAAGGUUUAGAACUAUGAAUGUUGAGUUCGGUGACGCAAAUUGUUGUUCUUAAUAAAAAUUUGCACUGGUGGGAGUAGCAUUAUCCGUUGUGUAAAAAUUAAACGGGUUUUUGCAUGAGUGAAGCUUUAGAAAAAAAUAUGGCUGCUCAGUAUGCAUAAGAUACCGCCAAAUCGUCGAUGCGUGUGAUAAUCUAAAGCUCAAAAAAUAAAGGUAUAAUUGAGCAUGAUAUUUUUUAAAGAUGGUGGGAAAGUAGUGCAUUAGUAUUUUUUAAAUAGUUUAGUUUUAAACGAGCUCAAAUGCUGUGUUUAAAAAGAGAUUUACUUCGCAGGAAAGCUGCCAUUAUACUAAUCGGUGUUUUUGUAGGUUUAUCAUACAGAAUUUUGAUCAGUCGUGGUAACUUUUUGAAUACGCAAUUUUAUCUUCCAACCUACACUGGACAACAUAAAACUUUGUCAAAGCGCGAUGCUAUGACUGCGAAAUUACAGUUCAUAACUGAUUGGACAGAAUUCAUAAAUUCGAGGACUAACUUUACACGAAUUCAUAAUGGCUGUAACAUGACUUGGAAAAAGCAAAACGCUAUACCAUGGAUGAAAAAAUUAGAACGAACUUGUUCAGAUAAAAGUUUUAUAUCAAUCUGGAAUAUCAACCCUGUUGGAGAGUUUAGCAGGGUAGUAUUGCAAACACAGUUUACUAAUGGCACUAUUAAACUCUAUGGAGGAGAUUAUUGGAGAGUGUAUGUUAGAGGAAGUUCGUCCGUUCCAGUUUUAAAAACCGAUUUAGGAAAUGGUUCUUACGAAUUCAAAUUUUUUCCUCUUUUAAGUGGUUCCUACAAACUUGAUAUUAGUUUGGAAUACACAUUGUGCGAUGGUAUAAAAGAACCGCCAGAUGAUUGGUUUAGAAAAGGCAAUGUUCAAGGAAAAGAACAAAAACAUGGUAUAUUAUUCCACGAUAUGCCGUAUAUCAACAAAACACUUUGGUCUGGAACAGAGAUCAACUUUUACGUUCCUUCAAACAGAUUGUUAGCAAAAGAAACAUCAUUUUUAAUGGACGAAAUGUGUGCUGCAGAUGAAGUAAGUAGUUGUAAGUAUUUAUGGAAUGGUUUUGGUGGAUGGUUGAAUAAAACAACAUGGCAACCACUGUGUUUUGUUUCUCUGUGUGUCUUGAUGGUAAUGAAAAUGAUGGAUACAAGAUGCAGAAUGAUUUUAUGCCUGCUUAAUAUUUUGCAAAUUAAUAUGCCGUUGUUUACAAUUUUUCGAGGCAAAGUUCUAUUUUGUUUCAAAGGUGCAGCAAUACCUCGCUAUCCCAGACACAAGGAAGGAAUUUUAUGGAUAUUUGGCGACUCCGUUUCAUCACAGUUCUAUCAUAGUAUUAAACGAAACAGAAUUUGUAAACAGAUAUUCAAAAAUUGUAUGUAUUCAUACAACUGGAUUUACAGCCUGGAAAACUACAAUCUCACUCUUAAGAGAUACGUUCGACGUAAUAGUACGGUUGAGAAAAAAUUGUGGAACGAUCUAGACUUUGAUGCUGGAAAAGUGAUAAAGGAAUUACAACAAGCUGUUUUAAAUCCUUCUAUGGACUCAAAAAGUGCGAUUCUUUUAAACUACGGUCUGCAUUUUACCGAAGCCACAAAUUUCACAAACUUUAAAAAGUUAAUAAAGGAAGUCGUUAAUUUAAAAGAUCAGAUCAAAUGUAAAAUAAUAUGGCGGACGACGACUUCGUUAAAUCGACAUAAAUAUUCGAUGCCGAACCUGCAUUCUAGAAGGUUCAUGACGUCACAGUUUUAUAUUUACACAGUUAACCCACAGGGCACGUCAACGUUGAUUCAACGUCGUAUUGACCGUGUCCAACUGUACAAUGCAUAUGCUACAAAUGAAUUCUGCAAAGCUGGUAUCGAUGUGCUGGAUAUCUAUCCUCUCACGGACUCAUACCCAUUUGGAACCGGAAGUGCCAGGUCACGUACUGAUCCUGUUCAUUACGAGUACCACGUGAUGAGACCUAUGGAGGUGCAGCUAGAAAGAGUGUUCCAACCUCUGUAGUGGUUUCCGUCUGAUUUUGAAUAUGUGAUGUGCAUAGCUUUACCAGCUAGCAUUUGCAGGAAAAAGAAUAACAACAGGACAUUCUGAUUAUGCUGUGGUGCAAGAACAAGAACGCACAGUGAGCGCAGGUUGAAAAUUGUUGAGAUACAUAAUAACGAAAAGAUCACUGUCACAAAGAAAAACAGUUUAAGCGCAUUAAUUAAUUCAUAGAAGAAUUGUGAGAUGGGUAUUCACUAAUAGAAAUAUACGAAGCGCUAUAUGUGUAUUGAUGCUGAACCAGUGCCUGAUAUAGUGAAAAUAGCGCCCAUGAACAUAACAUAAAUUAUUGAGCUAUCUUCGUAGUUGUUGUUGUCAUAAGAAGGGACUAGUACACAAAGAAACAUCCAUUUGAUCAUUAAUAUCCGAACGGAGAAAAUAAAAACAAUGAUAAUAUUUUCAAAUAACAUUAUUUUUUCAACAAUUUCCUGGCCAUAAACGAUGUCCCCAGUAUCUCCAUUCGUAAG